AUCAGACACCUCAUACUUCACUGUGAGUAGCUUGACGGUCGUGUUUCGCUCUGAGGUUUGAAGCCUGACCUGGUCCCAGUCUCUUUCCUCUGCACACAGCCGAGCAUCCUGAGCUCUUUGCUGCUGCUCACUGGAACUUUUAAACUCACAACCUGGAGCUCAGCGAACCCAAAAACAUACCACUGAAGAAGAGUUUGACUUCGACAGGAGUGAAGGUAUUUCUACAAAAGGUAAAAUAUGAUAAGGUGGCUUGUGUUGCUGUCUGUGUGUCUACAUGCCAUCUCAGCGUCAUUUGAUUACAUUUAUGAAGAGCACUCCUUUAUGGACCCGGAGGAUGUGCUGAGUGUGAGCAUUUCCUUGGAGGAGCCACAGCGUCCUCUACUGGGAGGAACGUUGGUACUACCGUGUUACUUUGAGGACCACACCGUCCCAGAUCCAGGAGCUCCCACCGUCGCUCCCCUUUCUCAUCGUAUCAAAUGGAGCCUCGUCACCAAAGAAAAAGUCACGACUAUCCUAGUGGCCUUGGAAGGUCAGGUGCGUAUCAGCGAGAGCUACCUGGACAGGGUUAAUCUGGUGGGCUACCCCAUGACGCCUACAGAUGCUAGCAUCAAGAUAUCAGAGCUGCGGUCCAGUGACACAGGAGUCUACCGCUGUGAGGUUCAGCACGGCAUUGAGGACAACCACGACAUCGUCCAUGUGCAGGUUCAAGGUAUGGUGUUUCACUACCGGGCCAUCAUGGGCCGCUACAGUUUGACUUUUGAAAAGGCAAAGGCAGUAUGCACCCAGAACAGUGCGGUCAUGGCUUCACCUGAACAGCUUCAAGCAGCCUUCGAUGAUGGAUUCCACCAGUGUGACGCUGGCUGGCUCUCUGACCAGACAGUCAGGUACCCAAUCCAUGAUCCUCGUGUUAACUGCUAUGGUGACAAAGAGGAACUGCCUGGGGUCAGGACAUAUGGAGUGAGAGACCUCAAUGAGACUUACGAUGUCUACUGCUUCACUGAGAAGAUGACAGGCAGAGUUUUCUACACUGCUUCUGCAGAAAAGUUCACCUUCUCUGAGGCUGUGGUGGCAUGCUCUAAUCAGGGAGCUCAGUUGGCCACUACUGGUCAGCUCUACCUGGCCUGGCAGGGUGGGAUGGAUGUCUGUAACGCCGGCUGGCUGGGAGAUAGGAGCGUCCGCUACCCCAUCAACAUUCGUCGGCCGCAGUGUGGAGGGGGUCUGCUGGGGGUGCGAACUGUUUAUCUCCACACAAACCAGACAGGAUACCCACUUCCUGAGUCCCGCUAUGACGCCUUCUGCUACACAGAGUCCCCUGAUGAGGAAGGUUCAGGCAUCAUAGAAGAGGGAAGUGGCGUGCUGAGUGUUACCACAGUGACACAGAGCCCAGAGGUGUUCUUUAGGAGGACGACCACAGAGAGUGAGGCAGUCGGAGAGGUGGAGACUCAGCAGCCUACCGUUGUGGACUUCACCUACACAGAGAGCCCUACCGAACUGCCUCAGCCGCCAAAUGUCACUGAGAUUGUCACUGACCUGAUAGAGUCAGCCAUUGCCCGACCCGACACAGGCAGGGAGCGCAGCAAAGGCUUUGUGAUGCCUCAAACUGGUGUGGUCUUCCAUUAUCGCUCAGGCUCCGGUCGCUAUGCCUUCACCUUCAUUGAGGCCCAGCUGGCCUGCCAGAGUGUCGGAGCCUCCAUCGCCACGCCACAGCAGCUGCAAGCAGCAUAUGAGGCUGGAUAUCACCAGUGUGAUGCAGGAUGGUUACGGGACCAGACUGUAAGGUAUCCCAUUGUUUUCCCUCGAGAUAAGUGUGAUGGAGAUCUGGGGGAUCAACCUGGAGUUCGGUCCUAUGGUUUGAGGCCAGCAGAUGAGAGAUAUGAUGUGUACUGCUACAUCGAUGGGCUCAAAGGUGAGGUUUUCCAUGUGGGCUCCGCUGAGGGUUUCACCUAUGAUGAGGCUGCUUCUAGCUGUCAAGAACAGAACGCCGUAUUGGCCUCCACCGGAGAGCUCUACGCAGCCUGGAAAAUGGGUUUUGAUAAGUGCCGUGCUGGCUGGCUAGUGGAUCGUAGUGUCCGCUAUCCCAUCAACAACCCCCGCACUGAGUGUGGAGCUGGGAAAUCAGGAGUGCACACUGUACACGCUCACCCCAACCGGACAAGCUUCCCUGAACAUGAUGCCAGAUUUGAUGCAUACUGUUUCAGAGCGGAUAUUCUACUUAUUGCAAAUGAAACUGGACUGAACAUCACAGAUAUCCAGGAGGCCCUCCUUAACCUAACUUCAAUCACUGAUUUGUUGAGGCCUGCUGUUCCUUCCAUCGUCCCUCCCAUCCCUGUGGAGACUUCGGGCUCAGGCUCAGGCUCAGCAGACUUCGACUCAGGGUCUUUGGUUGAUGGUGCCUCUGGAGGUCACUCUGGAGACUUGUCUGGCUCUGGAGACCUCUCUGGUACUGGAGACCGGGUAAUCUCUGGAGACUUGUCUGGCUCUGGAGACCUGUCUGGUUCUGGAGACCGGGUAAUCUCUGGAGACUUGUCUGGCUCUGGAGACCUGUCUGGUUCUGGAGACCGGGUAAUCUCUGGAGACUUGUCUGGCUCUGGAGACCUGUCUGGUUCUGGAGAUCGGGUAAUCUCUGGAGAUAUGUCUGGCUCUGGAGACUUGUUUGGUUCUGGAGGUCAGGUCGCCUCUGGAGAUAAAUCUGGCUCUGGAGACCUGGCCGGCAGUGCGAUUACUGAGCUGCCCAGUGGAGAAUCAGGUUUCAGCAGUACAGAUGCUUCUGGAUCAGCUCUCAGUGGAGAAGGAUCUGGCGUCACUGUUGUUUUUUCAGGCAUCGACAGCAUUGUCUCUGGAGAGGGCUCAGUUUCAGGAGGACUCCAAGAAGCUGGAGAGGGAAGCACAGGGAUCCUUAUCUACCCUUUAUCUGAAGCAGGCUCUGGAGUGCUCAGUGGUAGUGGGGACCUGUCCGGAUCUGGCACUGGAUCUGGUUUCAGCUCUGUGGAAAGUGGCUCUUCCAUAGAUAGCUCUGGGGAAAGUGGACAGUUCUCUGGCAUAUCAUCCGGUUACACCACCAGCCAGGACUUUUCUGGCUUCAGUGGUUUCCCAUCAGGAUUCUCCUCUGGAAGUGCUAGUGGACAGUCAGGAGAGUCUUCGGGAAGUGGAGAAGCUCAGAUCUUACUGAUAGAUGGUGAAUUGAUCGAUGCCUCCACCCCGAUUACCCACAAGGAGUAUGAGCUUGGUGGAGGCCUACUGGCAUUCAGUGGCUCUGGAGACACUUCAGGAUCUGGGAUUCUCAGUGGCGAUCUCAGUGGCUCGGGCUCUGGGUUCUUCUCAGGUGUGACCUUUGUGGGGUCAGGGUUCACUGACCUUACAGUGUUAUCCUCUGGAGAGCAAGAGGCCUCUGGGUUUUUACUCUACAGCUCUGGAGUGGGAAGUGGAGGACAUUUGUCUGGAUCUGGAAGCUCAAAUUUCGUCUCUGGGUCUGGAUCGGGAAUGUCUGGAUCAGGAAUGUCUGGAUCUGAGCCCUCAAUGAGUGGAGAGGAAGGUAGUGUUACAUUCUUGACUGGGGAUUUCAUGACAGUGGUGACUGAAGCCACUACACUGUCUAUGGAGCUUGGACAGGGAUCAGUGGAGUACAGUGGAGAAGGAAGCAGUAGCGGCAGUGGUUUCUACUCUGGUAGUGGAGACACCCGCUUGUCCGCAGCCAGCGGCAUUUCUUCAGGAGCCUCCUCUGGAGAUCUGCCUCAGGUGGUGCUGGCCUCUCCAUCCAGUGAGUGGGAACUGAAAGAGAGCACCACACGUCCAGAGGAGGCCCUUAGUGGGGCUGAACUGUCACAGACCCCUGGUGACAUCUUUGGAACUCCCAGCCCUGUGCUUGCCCCCGCAGGACUGGUGGCUCCUCCCAUGGCAGCUACACCAGCCUCUGUGCAGACACCAGGCAUUGUUGAAGGUGGUUUUAACCCAUGUGAACCCAACCCCUGUGGUGCUGCUUCAUGCACAGUAGAGGAUGGGGUUGCUCUAUGCCAUGAGGUAGAUGUGUGCCAUUCCAACCCUUGUGCCAAUGGAGCCACCUGUGUGGAGAGUGCAGACUCUUACAAAUGCUUAUGCCUGCCCAGCUACGGAGGGGAACGCUGUGAGAUUGAUGAGCAGCAGUGUGAAGACGGUUGGACUAAGUUUCAGGGGAACUGCUACCUGCACUUCUCUGACAGAGAGAUGUGGCUGGACGCAGAGCAGCGCUGCCGGGACCUGAACGCCCAUCUGGUCAGCAUCAUCACCCCAGAGGAGCAACACUUUGUCAACUCAAACGCACAGGACUACCAGUGGAUUGGGCUAAAUGACAAGACAGUAGAGAAUGACUUCCACUGGACAGAUGGCACUCCACUGCAAUACGAGAACUGGAGGCCGAACCAGCCAGAUAAUUACUUCAACUCUGGAGAAGACUGUGUGGUGAUGAUCUGGCAUGAGAAGGGCCAGUGGAAUGACGUGCCCUGCAACUACCACCUGCCAUUUACCUGCAAGAAAGGCCCAGUGUCCUGUGGCGCCCCGCCGGAGGUGGAGAAUGCCCACAUGUUUGGUAACCAGAGGGAGGAAUACCCUGUCAACUCCAUCAUCCGGUAUCAGUGCAACCCAGGGUUUACACAACGCCACCCUCCGGUGGUUCGCUGUAAAGCAGACGGACAGUGGGAGAAACCCCAAGUGGAAUGUACUGACAUGAAAGCCAGAAAAAGAAUACAGCGGAGGAGCAGCAGGAGUCCGGCAGCCAGCAGCAAGCUUCACUAAAAAGGAAAAAGAGGAAUUAAUUAUUUAAAAAGAACAUUUGCAACACACGAAAAUCCAUUUUCCAUUUUAGUGAAGAUGAUUUGGAGGGUUGACUUGCUUAAAGGCCCACAUGAAGGGUCCUACAUCAUGGUAAUGUGAUUUUUGUCUGUUCUACCCCCUCCCCCUCAUAAUAUAUUUUAAUUACAGUAUAUAUAAUAAUUUUAUUGCUCUGAGUUUAUUUUCAUCAUGUGUAUUGUAAUAUAAUUUUGUUUGGUGAAAUCCUUGCUGGGAGACUUUGUUCCAUAUGAGUUUUACAUUUAUAGAAGGCAGCAUCUGUCUGGUUCACUGUAGUCUGCUGUAGAUCUGUACCACAGAGAUGGAUGUUGGUGUUACGUUAGGAUUUGCUGUAAAACUGGUUUAUGGUAUAAGGUACCAAAAAGUCAUAUGUUUGUGUAUCCAUAUGACAUAUCUGUCGGAAGAAAAACACAGCAGGGGGAGAUACUCUUUCAGCAAAGUUAAAAGGUAAAUACUGAUGUUUUUAAAGUUCACAUCAAUCAUCCGAGUUCCCCCAUGGAUCCUGGUUUCUGCACUCAGUAGAGUUGAAGGUAUCAUUUUUCCUCCUGCAGAAGAAGCCGUUUGCCGCCGUUCCUUCCUGUAAUACAGCAUGCAAAACUACUUCCACGGGGCGAGACAAUCAAUUACAGGAAACGUGGUAAAAACUUGAUAUUUUAAAAAUGCUUGGAGGUGAAUGUUGUCAAAGUGUAAGCACAUCAGAGAUAUGUUUAGUUUAGGAUAUAAAUACAUGAAGAUAAAUACCCCAUUAUUAAUGAUUACAUUUUUCCAGAGAGAUCAAACACUCUCUGUAAAAGUACAUUCUGGCUCUCUCCGGACGUAUUUAUGCCGAGUCAUUUGAACAUAGGUGUAGUGCUGCUGGAGUGCCCCGGAACGACGCUCCAGCACGUUUUUUCUCCAAGUGAGGAAAUAGAAUAUUCGCAGUUUGCAUAAUUUGGUUGAAAUUCAUAUAAGUAUCACAAUCAGAAUGAGAAAAACUUUAUUGAUCCCUGAAGGGAAACUCUUUGUUACAAGUAUUAAAGGAUGCAAUCAUCACUAAAGCUAUGUCAUGCAAGAGAGCUAAUAAAAACAAAUGGAAUGGUAAAAGUUGUCAUAUUGGCAUUUAAGGUGUGUUGAUUGAUUCACGACGUCAACUCAUGCAGAGUAACGUGCAAGAAAACAUUGCACCUUAAACGUUGCCGGCAGCUGCCGGUAGCCUUUGAGCAGCACAGUUACAGCUAAUGUUAAUUAGUAAAAAUGAAAAGGCAGCAAAUCAUCCUUUCACUCAUCAUUCACUCUUCUGACGGUUUCUUUAUCUGUGAUGCAUUUGCAAAGAAACAUUACAAAGCCAGCCUGUUAAACUUGGCCAGCAUGUGCUACAUCAACAACGCCUGCAGGAAAUGAAAGCUUGCACACUGGUAGCUCAGUUUUCAUAGCCUAGCCUAUUAGAUGAGCUUGACCUCUGCAUGCACUGCAACUUUUCCUCAGAAUGGAUGUUUCCAAUGCAGCUUAAUUUGCUCGGCACAAGUAAGUAAAUUAAAUCUUUCAAAACACAAACUACUCCUGUUCAUUCGCCUGUAAGCUAUUGCCUAACUACAACCUACUACAUCCACCUAAUACACCUAAUACUACUUAGCUAGAUGUUUGGCUGACUGCCACAUAAUAUUCUCAACAUGAUGAAACUAUUCAUAAAGUCGCUUAACAUUUGAUCGUGGUCAGUUAUAGUUGACUAAUGUAUGUAAACUUGCCACCGUAGGAACAGUUACUUAACCUUAAAUAGCACUACACAUCUGCAUCUAAAUGACAUCUGGAUAGAAAUUAUCCACCUACAAAGGCAUAUGUGAAAGCACCUGAGGACUACCAAGUGUAAUUGCACUGGUUAGACUGUUAAAUUUGAUCUGUGUACGGUGGCAUGAAUCAUCCAGGGUGUAAUGGUGUCAAAACGGUCACCUCACCAAGUUUAUUUCUUUGGGGCGUGUUUAAUAUCUGGAACGGAUGUUUCAUUUCAAAUUGGGUUUGGAUAUACAUGUGAAUGUUAAAAAUCCAAUCACAUAAGGCAUGUAGGCUUAUAGCUAAUUUAGGAAGAGGUAAACCUGGCGCAACUCUAAAUUUGAACUGUCAAAAAGAAUAGUUCAACAUUUUGCUUUCUUGUUGAGAGUUACAUGAGAAGAGCGAUACCAUUCUCAUAUCUGUUUGCUAAAUAUCACAUUAGACAUGUAAUGUGUUUAUUAGUGCUGGUAAGUGGAUUUUUUUUACCUUUAGUCAAAGCCAGGUUAGCCGUUUCCCUGUUUAUAGUCUUUCUGCUAAGCUAACUGCCCCCUGGCUUUAGCUUCAUAUUUAGCAUACAGACAUGAGCGUGGUAUCCAUCUUUUCUUCUAACUCUUGGCAAGAAAGUGGAUAAGUGUAUUUCCCAAAAUGUCAAACAGUUCAUGUGAUAUUCAGACUAAAUUUAUCCAUGGAGAGAAAGCAAAGGAAUCCAUCAGACUGUAGUCUGCUAUAGCAUCCUGCGGUUUAAAGCAGAGACUUUUGGUCAAAGUGAAUACACAACCUUUUAUUUAUUGAUUUCACACAGUGGCAGAGUCUCUGCUGGACUGAGCCAGUGAUAGUUGUACAAGAGAGAUUCAGUAGUUAUGAGACCACAGCAGCAUCAGCAACACACGGCCAGGGUGAAUAAACUUCUGCUAGCUCCAUUUUUCAUAUUCCAUCUGUAGAGGAUGUGAAACUCCCACAGUUUGCCAUGUUGGCUGGUUUGAGUCUUGUCCUGUGUUUUAGCUGUCAUCAUCUUCCACGAGGCUGUGCAGUGCAUAGUGUUUCUGUGGAGUCAGUAUAAUGAACCUGUUAUCUAUUUCACGUAUGUAACCUCAGAGGAAAUAACCUCACUGUAAACAUUACAGUGUGAACCUGUUGGGUUUUGUUUCCAACUUUGAGUGCUUUCAUUUGUGCACUUGUUUUGUGUCGUUGUUGUUGUUGUUGUAUUCGGGGGCUGUGCCUCCUUCAUACAUACUGUCACCUGCUGCAUGAUAAACCAAAAACUGAGAAUUCAAUUUCAAAGCUGUACAUGUGUCUGCUGUAGCCCCAUUUUAUUCACUAAUUUUAAGGAUAAGUCUGUGAAUAUUCUCUAUUUUUCUUAUUGUCAACACAUCCUAUGAAAAGACCAAAUCCAACCAUGAAUGUAUCUACUAACAAGUAUUGUGUGUGCAUCUUCUUCCUCUGUGCCAUAGAGCUCCAUUAUUGUCCAAAAACUAUUCAAAAAACAGCAAUGAGCCACACUGGGUGACAUGUUUCUUCAUUACCACGAACACACCGUGGAUGGAUCAAAAACUGGAUACCAGAAUCCAAAAAUGGCGCCCUGACCCGUGAAAAUUACCCCCCAAAGCAAUUUUAGUAGCCAGAAAAGUUUUCCCGUUUCCUGGUUUGCUUUGGCGUUGUGUGGCCCCCUGCACAUGCGUAUUAGAUUUUCUCCUGCUGGUCCCCCUGCGAGUAGACUUUACAUUGGAUUUGUUGUUGACAGUAAAAAAACACAUAGAUUAACACCAGUUUUAUUAUUUAAAUGUUGUCAUUUCAAAUACAAAUUCAAUCCAACAUGAUUUGAGGACAAAGCAGCAGUGUUUAAAUUCUGCUAUGGAACACUGGUUCUUUGCAUGAGGCAGAUAAAUGCAAUGAACUGAUAGAUAAAUAAAAUAUGAUUUAACAGAAACACGUAUUUGCCUCAUCCCAACAUAAUGUCUUUCGACUUUGUCUUGUUUAAUGUUUUAUGAAACCAAAGUGGUGCAGAAUGAAUUCACAUGCGCCCCAUGUCUAAAUGUUUGUACUCGCAUCAAUCAAUGCCAAAUAAAAACACUUUGGUUGUUACCUUC